GGUGGUAGCACGGAGGGACGGAGGCCAGGUGUCACUCGGUGGGAGCCGGGGAGCCGCGUGCCCUGCCCCGUCCGCCGCCCGCGCCCUGGCGCCCCCGCGCGCUCGGGUUACCUGCGGCCGUGGGCGGGGCGGCCCUUCCCGUCUACGCCGGCUCUGGCCUCCAGCGUGCCGCGGCCGGGAAGUGGGAGCGAGAAGCGAGGAGGCGGAGACUGCAGCGGCUCGAGCCCGGCCGCGCUCCGAGCCGAGGGGCUGCAUGGCGCGGCCAGCGCGGCUGUGUGGGCUGUGGGCGCUGCUGCUGUGCGUCGCCGUGAGCCCAGAAGCCGUGGCCACAGAAGUUCAGCCACCUGUGACAAAUUUGAGUGUCUCUGUCGAAAACCUCUGCACAAUAAUAUGGACAUGGAGUCCUCCUGAGGGAGUCAACCCAAAUUGUAGUCUCAGAUAUCUUAGUCAUUUUGAUGACAAACAGGACAAGAUAAUUGCUCCAGAAACCCGUCGUUCAAAGGAAGUACCCCUAAAUGAAGAGGUCUGUCUGCAAGUGGCAUCCCAAUGUAGUGCCAAUGAAAGUGAGAAGCCCAGUGCUUUGAGGAGAAAGUGCAUCUCACCCCCUGAAGGUGACCCUGAGUCUGCUGUGACAGAGCUCCAGUGCAUUUGGCACAACCUGAGCUAUAUGAAGUGUUCUUGGCUCCCUGGAAGGAAUACAAGCCCUGACACAAACUAUACUCUUUACUACUGGUACAGCAGCCUGGAAAAAAUUCUUCAAUGUGAAAACAUCUAUAGAGAAGGUCAACGCAUUUGCUGUUCCUUUAAACUGACUAAAGUAGAUUCUAGUUUUGAACAGCAAAGCAUUCAAAUAAUGGUCAAGGAUAAUGCUGGGAAAAUUAGGCCAUCCUUCAAAAUAGUGUCUUUAACUUCCUGUGUGAAACCUGGUCCUCCACAUAUUAAACAUCUUUUCUUCAAAAAUGAUGUCUUGUUUGUGCAGUGGAAGAAUCCACAGAACUUUAGUAACAGAUGUUUAUCUUCUGAAGUAGAAGUCAAUAGCAGUCAAGCUGAACUACAUGGUCCUUUCUCUGUUGAAGAGGACAAGUGCCAAAUGCCAGAAUUUGAUAGAAACAUGGAGGGUACAAGUUGUUUCGUGCUCCCUGGUGUUCUUCCUGACAAUGUCUACACAGUCAGAGUAAGAGUCAAAACAAACAGGCUGUGCUUUGAUGACAAUCACCUGUGGAGUAAUUGGAGCAAAGCGCUGAGUAUAGGUAAGGAGCAGAACUCCACAUUCUACAUAACCAUGUUACUCAUCAUUCCAGUCAUUGUCGCGGGCACAGUCAUUGUCCUUCUUCUUUACCUGAAAAGGCUCAAGAUUAUUAUAUUUCCUCCAAUUCCUGAUCCUGGCAAGAUUUUUAAAGAAAUGUUUGGAGACCAGAAUGAUGAUACCCUGCACUGGAAGAAGUAUGACAUAUAUGAGAAGCAAUCCAAAGAAGAAACAGAUUCCGUAGUGCUGAUAGAAAAUCUGAAGAAAGCGCCUCAGUGAUGGGGAUAAUUGAUUUCUUUUUUCCUCCAAUGUGACUCUGUGAAGAGUCAUUGCAUUCUCCAUUUGUUAUCCAAGGACUUGUUAAAUAGAAACUGAAACUACUGGACCCUUGAAAAACAGACAGCUCCUAAGAUGUCAGUCUUGCACUGAAAAAUCCAAACUAAUGGAGCUCUUCAAGAAGAAAGCAGAGUCCUUCUCAUUCUUGUUGAAUCUUAUAAGUAGGCAUUCUUUGCCAAGUCUCCAAACUAGAGGACAAAGUAAAGGGGACAAUGACCGUAGAUUCAUCUUAUCAGGAGUUGUGAUGACUUCCUAAGGAACCUCUGCUGGUUCUGUGGUUUUUGUGUAGAAUAACAUCAAGAAAUUUUACUUAUGAGGAAACUCACUUGGGGUGUGUACACUAAUGCUGAACUUGAUUCCCAGAGAACAUCUAGCAAACAAAACCGAUACAAUCUGCUGCCUAUUGUUUGGGAAGCCACUGAAUAAUGUUUGUGGCUAUUAAAACAUGCUAUCCUUAUCCACUUCAAUAGCAUUUCCUCUGCUUUGAAAUCCCCAGAAAAUAUCUUGGCCACGGUGAUGAAACAUACAAAAAAGCAGAGACUACUUCUCCACCAAGGCUCUUUUUGUCAUGGUAGAAUUUUUUUAGGAUAAUGGAGGCAGAAUGACCUGGUAUUAGAGUUGGAAUUACGAAGUCUCUAAAGAUGUAUGCCCCCCCCUUAAUUUCUGCUACUCAAAUCAAGUAUUGACUAUGUAUCUAGCUUGUGCUAAGCCCUCAGAGUGUGAGGGAUAGGACUCCUGGGUUUACAUAAAUUUGGGACUCCUUAUUUCUUAGCACUUUCUUUAUCUCCAUAUAGCCAUUUCCCAGACUUUUGAACUUCCCAUAUCCUAUGCUUAUUUCCUGCUAUGCCUACUCCCCCAUCCUCUUCAGUAUAGCCUUUUGACUUUCAGUGGAAUUGAGAAUACAAAUUUGCUUAGACUGUCUAGUGGAGCAGGGAAUAAUUUGCAUCUCAGGUAAAAGAUGAAUAUUCUGAACAACAAUGACUAAUUCAUACAGAUUUUGCUACUUUCCUGUGAGUCUGCAAUUAUUGGAGGUUUUUGAGUAAUUGGUGUUUCUUUGUGUGUUUUCUAAAUAGAGAUUAUGCCUUUUCUUCACUUAGAAUUUAGCCCUAUUUGCUUGAGGAGAAAAAAAAAGGAAUAUUUGCGUCUGUUUUUCUUUGUUUGCAAGAUAGCCUUUAGGAUGCCUGUUUUCUAUGCUGUAAGUUGUUCUGUACAUUCUGUGUUUUAUUGAGAGGGAGCCAAGUGGGACUCAAAUAUGUAUUCAAAUUUUGCAUAUGCUAGACUUCUACUCUGCCCCAUUUCCACAAUAUAUGCAUAUGUGGAUUCCCCCUAUUCUGACUACUUCCUGCAAAUUUAAAACAGUGAGAAGUAUCCCACUUCUCUUUCUCAUACCUACAGAUCACUAGCAAGUCCUGAAGAACUCUAUAUAUAACAAAUUCUUCAGGCAUUUACCAAUUCAUAUCAAUAAAAUGAUGCUACUUGCAUCUCUUGUUCUUAAGCAGGGAAGAUAUGAGACCCCUGCUCUUCAUUGGUUAGGACAAAGGGGAACCUUGCUUCCAUGGUAGUAGUGGUAGUAGAGGAGCACUGUGCCCUGGCAUUUCAGGAAAUGGGGGUGCAUGGUGUGAUUGACGCAUGGGUAUGUCCUCCAGGUACUUUUAUUUUGGGUGUCAGAUUGCGGCUGGGCUACAGGCAUUGUAGGUGUUCGAGUUUCUCCUACUAUUCCCUAGAAAGAAGAUUUGGCUUCUUGUAGAAGAGUGAAGUCACUCCUCAACCAGGUAUCCAUAGUUCUGGGAAGGGAAGCACCUAAAUGCCCUUGCACUGGGCCAUUUUUACUGCUGGUCUAUUUUGAUGGUGAUGAAGAGGAUGUUUGAAAUGCCCUGGAGACCACCCAUGCUGAUAGUUGUGCAGCAUUGGAACAAGGACAUCAUAUUUUGCUUCCAGUCUCCUCUUUCAGCAAUAUAGUAGCAGAGGGGAAAGGGGAGCAAAUUGUAGGAAUACCUUUGCUUUAAUGAACAAAAGGAAUCUCCGGGACUUAGGAACUCUUAAAGAUAUCAGUACGUUGCUUCUCGGAAACUUGUAUGUUUGUAUAUUGACUAAGGUAUAUGGAUUGUUUUCCCCUACAUAUGUAAGUAAAGCCAGUGUAAGGACGACCAGUCCUUUUCUUUCAUUCAGAUAACCUUUUUCUGAAUCUGGGCACUGAAGGAAUACAUGAAAUAAUGUUAAUGUUUUUGGUAAUGUCUUCAACUAGGAGUCUUACUGUUUAAUUUCUUAUAAAAAAGUAAAAUAAAUAUUGUCUUUUUUAUGUCA